AUGCCAAUCCCUCGAGAACAAACUGGUAAAUCGCAACAACAACAACAAAAACAACAACAACAACAACAACAACAAACCAGAUGUUAUCUUCACUUGAGAGCAAUUCACUUGAUAAAAACACCCAAAUCAAUCAAAGAAACCAUCAUCAAACAGCCUAAAUUGACAUCUGAUCCAAAUGGCCUGAAUCAUUACUGCUGUGUUUGUGAAAGAACGUAUCGUUCAGGCGUGUUUCUACAAGGACAUAUCAAUAGCUGCCAUGAACUCAGAUUGGGCAAUAUAAAGCAAACCAUGAUCAAACACCCUGAUCUUCAACCUGAUAAAAGUGAUCCCACCUCGUAUUGUAGAGCAUGCGAUAUUAAGUUCUGUGAUUGGGAAACGUAUAAAGAGUAUCUCAGACUUAUUCAUGAUAUGUAUCUCUUAAAGAGACCGUGUAUCAAAUACCCUGACAAGACGCCUGACUCUGAAGACCCCAAUUUCUACUGUUGUGCCUGCGAUAUCAAAUACAUGAUGCAAUGUAGCUUCAGGUGA